CCCUUUUCCCCCAGCCUUCAUCCAUUCUGACUUCCGAUUCCAGUCUCCGGAGGCGAAAAUGCAACAUCCCGGUAAAAGGCGAUGGAUGCACAUACUGUGUGACCAAGGGAAUUGAAUGCUCCUUGUCCCAGGUGGUUCCACAAGCUCCCUCAGCGCUCAACGGCCAUGCUGCGCCCGUCAAACAGACGACAUGCAACCUUCCCCCAAAACCCAUCUGCGUGGAGCUGACUCGACUGUACUUUGACUUGAUACACGACCAAUUCCAUUCUUUAUUCCACAAACCGAGCAUGAUCCAAGAUGUACUGGACGACCGAGCUCCCCCGAUCCUUGUCUACGGGAUACUGGCCCUAUCUGCAAGGUUCUCAAAGAACCCCUUUUUCGAAGGCUGUGAAGCUCGUGAACGACAUCGGCAGUAUAGUGCUGAGUGCAAGCGGCUUUUGGACCUUGAAGAUGUCUCCCUGGUCACGGUCCAAGCAUGCGUUUUGCUCGGUGCAACGGCCGUCGCUGAUGUGAAGCCGGCUGCAGAGUCAGUCUACUAUGCUGUCGCUUUUCGUAUAGCUCAGCUCCUCGAUCUACCCCGCCGGUCGACUGUGAGUGCUAUUGAGAAGGAGGUUAACAUUCGAGUCUGGUGGACACUCUGCCUGAUCGAUGUCUGGUCAGCGACAGGUAUUGGUCUUCCUCGAUAUAUGAUACAUCGGGAUGACGUGCCAUUACCUAUGAACGAAAGAAAGUUCCUCCAAUUGAAGAGAGAAGACACGAUUCCAGUCGAGAAUCCACCUCGACCAGAAACAUCUCUGAUUGCGCAGAUGAUCAAACUGAAUCUAAUCUUAGCACAGAUAUACGAGAUCAAUGACAUGGCAGCCACAGGAAGAUCUGACGGCGCCGCACUAGAAACGGCUAUUCGAGACAUAUCUCAUCGCCUGGAUGAAUGGCAGGCCGCUCUGCCCGAUUACAUGCGCGAUACACCAACAAACAUGGCUCGAUACGCCUCCGAAGGGCUCGGGCGAACCUUUGUCGCUCUGUAUGUGGGUUACUACCAUUACGGACAACUGCUAUUCUAUCAAUUUCUCCACCAGGACUGCCAUGCCUCAGUCCCGAGCACCCGAUUCUACGCAAACAAGUGCAAAGUCAACGCUGCCCGUCUUUGUGAGCUCCUCUACACCGCGAAAGCUACUCCAGACUGUGAAGUACUAUACACCAUGGUCGGUCACAUUUUAGUAAUUUCGUCGACUGUCCAACUGUAUAUCCUACUCUUCGGCAUCGACGACGAAGAAAUCAGAAUUGCGCGAACACGUCUAGAACGCAAUUUUGAGAUCUUGCAGUGUCUUCGAACAUUUUGGCCUACACUAGAUGUGUGCUUUUCUCGGCUGAGAGCGUUUCAUAAGGCUUGUCGGGUCUCUAUGGAGACUUCGUUUAGGUUGGAUCAGUGGAUGUUGCGGUUUUUGUCGGAGUUUGCGCAGCCAGUAGGUGAUAGGUAUUCAGAAGAUAGUGAUUCAAGUUCGUGGAGAGUGGAGAAUAUCGUCGCAAGCCCGUCGGAUUUUUCGAAUUAUCUCAGCUGAUGAAAUAAAUCUGCGAUACAUCGGGUCAAACAUGGGGCCUUUGCAACUGCAAAGAUCAGGAGUUUACCAUUCUACCUUGGAGCACCU